AUGGCCGCCCGGCCGCCGCGGCUGCUGGCGGGGCCGGGAAGGCGGAGAGGCGCGGCGGAGGCGCGGAUCCUGCUUGUCCUUCUGUGGUUCGCGGGUGCAGCCGUGGAGGGAGCGGCGGGCACGGAGCCGCCGCUGAAGUGCGACGAGCUGAGGCUGGGGCAAUAUAUGUGCGACGAGCCUAAAAUAGACAAUAGUACCCAAGAACCAAUGAAUUGCACAAAUCACACAGCAUAUGUUCAGUGUCUGCCAGCACCAAAUAUUACUUGCAAAGAUCACCUUGGUGUAGAAAAAGUCUUUACAGGACAUGAAGUUGGAUUUUACAAGCCUAUUGCGUGUCGCAAUGUAAAUGGAUAUUCAUACAAAGUGGCAGUGGCUCUGUCCUUAUUUCUUGGAUGGCUUGGAGCAGAUAGAUUUUAUCUAGGCUAUCCUGCAUUAGGUUUGUUGAAGUUUUGCACUGUAGGAUUUUGUGGAAUAGGGAGCCUAAUUGAUUUCAUACUUAUUUCAAUGCAGAUUGUCGGACCUUCGGAUGGCUCUAGUUACAUUAUAGAUUACUAUGGAGCAAGGCUUACAAGGCUCACUAUUACCAAUGCCACAUUCAGGAAAAUGCAGACCUAUCCUUAACCUUGGCAGUAAGUGUCACAAAUAGGUGCAUUUCAGUUCCACAGAUGGAUCCAGUCGUCCACUGAAAUUGCUGAUGACUUAUUAAUUACACUUCAUCAGAACUGAAUACUAAAUGUACAUGGAACAAAGAUGAUAAAAUAUGAAAAUUCCUCAAGUGAAUGAGUUUACCUCAAAGGCGCCAAGUUUCUUUGUGACUGCUCUAUUUCUGUGAGCACAUGGUUUGUUGCCAAGUUGUACCAUUUGUGAAAUGUGCAGACUUCUGCAAUUUGCACUGACGUUCUUCUGUGUCUGUAAGUAUAAUUUAGAGUGUUAUAGAGAGGUGGAGAAAGAUUUGUUCAGAACAACUAUGCUGAUCUUUAGUCCGUCGAAAUUGAUGAGGGUUUUAGCAUGGCUGGGCCAGGAUUAUACUUGGGGUCUGGUUUUGAAGCUAUGUGUAGCAGUUUGUAAAUGAACUUAAAUAUCCCAAACCGCAGAAACGGCCUUUCUAUCCUGUUAGUUAAAAUCCAGAUGGCCCUAAAUCUUGUGCUGAUGGAUCCUUUGAAAUUCCAUUAAUUUAAAUAAUUAUUUCUCUAAAGGUUAAAGACAAAUUUUGGACAAGUUGCAAAAUCUGGAGAGUGCUGAUCACCAUUAGAAAUAUGGAGGCAUAGAAAAAUAGAACUGUAGAUAAUAAAUCACAAAAAGGGAGUGUGGAUGUUGGGGUGCCCUAAGGUUAGAAUAGGGAAUAAUCAUUCUGCUUAUUUUGAUUUUUUCCCCUCUGCAGCCAUCUGUAGUGAAAUACUUACCUUCUAUUUCUGAAAAGAAAGUGGUGUAUGUAUUUUACAGCUACAGAGUGUCAAAAAAGUGAAUUCUUUGUACUAACAAAGCCCUUAAAAGGAUGUUGGUUUAGAUCAGUUGUGUUUCAGUGGAAUGAGUUCUGUGUCCUUCAAAGUUGUUUGACCAAAGUCUUUACAAUACCCAAGAUUUACCUAGAUAUUCCUUUGAAGAAAAGUGUAUGCACACAGAGACACCUUAACAGAAUCUUUGUGUUAUUUGACCAAUUUUAAACAUUCCCUUCUCCUUCUCAUGAAAACUGGCAAGAACUGAGUGAGAAAUCCAUGUGAUACAAGCUAUAGUGUAGAUAGUUUUCAAAACUUUGGGGCAUUCUUUUGUUGGUUUUUUUUCAGAUGAAACUUUCAAAAUGGUUCUCGUGUGUCCACAAAAAGGUAUUUGUAAGGGAAUUGCAAAAAAUGAGAUUCCCAGAUUGAUCUUUAAAAGUGCAAUUUGUGGGUUUUAGACUCUCUUAAACCUACACUGGCUGGUGCACAGAAAGCUUUGUAAAGAACUCAAGUUUUUUUCUAAAUCAGCAUAACCUGACAUAUGUAAUGAGAAUAAAUCACGGGGAGUGUUUUGUGCUUAACACUAAUUCUUUCCUUCACACAAGGAAGAUGUAGUUUUGGAAUACUUGCGUUCUACUUCUGGGUUCAAAAAGACAAGAACGCUGUUAGCUUCGUUCACUUGCCUGAUAUUUGUUUUAUCUCCCUUUUGGUUCUCACUGGAUGCUGUUUGUACAUUUUUGUUUCCUGAAACUCUCUCAGAAACAGACAGGAAGUGGAUGGAAAAUAACUGUUUGAACCAAAUAAAAUCUCAUGGCUAAG